AAUAAUUGGGCAGAAAUACUUAAUCCAUACAAUGAUAAAUUAAUAAGUCUACAGAUUAAUAAAUUUUCAGGUUUAGUACAAUCAUCAGAAACUGAACAAAAUAUUAAGCUACUAAAAUACCGAGUAAAAUUGUAUUUUGUUAUUGGUGAAUAUAAGCAAGCAUUUGCAGAUUUGAUAAAGUUGCUAGAAUUUGAGGCAAAUAAUAAAUUUGCGUUAAGAUAUCAAGGAGAAAUUUAUUGUAUAAAGGAAAUAUAUGAUGAUG